GAUCUAGAAACAUCUGAAUCCACAGAAAAAUCCGAAGAAAUAACGACUGUGGAGCGAGAUCUUGAUUUGGCUGAAGUCUUGAACGCAUCAAAAGCAUCCACUGCUGCCUCAAAAGCUCGGGGCGAUUGCCAGACUUUAAACGAAGUCUUCAGUCCCAUGGAUGAUCCCCUUCUGAAUCAAGCGAUUGAAGAAGCGGCCACUGAAAGCGAGGAUCCAGUUCAAAGGCUGAUGUUGAGGGUGUUGUCGGCAAGACUUCUGAAAGGAUUCGCCAAUGGACCGAGUGUUGAAUCCAUGAAAAUUGUUACCAACUACUUCAUAAGGGGAUUUGUCUCACACAACCAAUUGGAUCAAAAUUCAUUGUAUUCCGUAAACCUUAAGGAUUGGGGAACUAUUGGUGAUUUAAUGAAAUGCAUUCAGUGA